UAAAAAAAACCCUACUCUCUCUCCACCCUCCUCACACAGUCUUCUUCUUCUCUCUCUUCCUCUCUCUCUCUCUCUCUCUCACACACCAACACUGAGAAGAAAACUCAGUCCAGCACACAGCCACACACCAUCUAUACAUACAUACAUAUAUAUAUCUAUACAUACAGAUACAGAUAUGCAGUGAGUCCAGUCCAAAGACCAACAACUCAUCUUCCCUAUUUUCCCCUAUUAUAAUAAACCCUAAUUUCCACAACGGGUGUUUCCAGCUCCUCCUCCGCCAGAUGCCUCGCCCAUAGCCGCCGGAAAUGACGCUCGUUGCCUUCGCCUUUUACGCCGCCUGUCUCCUAGUGUUGGUCCAUCACCGUGGCUCCGCCUCCGAUGUGGAGGUUCGGUCACUUCUGGAGUUCCGAAAGGGAAUCAAAUCUGAUCCCACCAACCAAAUCUUCUCCACUUGGGUUCCACCCAGGAACGCCUCCGCCUGCCCCGCUGACUUCCGGGGGAUUGUUUGCGACUCCUCGUUGUCCGCCGUGGUCGCCAUUGCGCUUGACGGGCUCGGCCUCGUUGGGGACCUGAAAUUCAGUACUCUCCUUCAGCUCAAGUCGUUGCAGAACCUAACCCUGGCCGGGAAUUCGAUGACGGGCCGCCUUGUGCCUACGCUCGGUGAAAUGUCCUCUCUCCAAGUAAUUGAUCUAUCUGACAAUAAAUUCUACGGUCCUAUUCCUGCGAAAUUUCAUAAUCUUUGGAAUUUGCGCUAUGUGAAUUUCUCGAAUAAUGACUUCACUGGAGGGUUUCCUUCGGGAAUUCGCAACUUACAGCAGCUAAAAGUGUUGGAUUUGCAUUCGAAUAAACUGCAUGGGGAUGUACAGCAGUUGAUUCCUGAGCUGCGGAAUGUGGAAUACUUGGAUUUAAGCCUGAAUGAGUUUUCAGGCUCGAUAGAAUUCUACGCUGAAAACCUCUCUAGUUUGGCUAAUACUGUGAAGUAUGUAAAUUUGAGGGGAAAUCGUUUAGAGGGUCAGUUUUGGGGGAGUGACGUUCUCAAGAUGUUUAGGAACUUGAAUGUUUUGGAUUUGGGUGGUACCGGCGUUGGUGGUCAGCUGCCAGAUUUUGGGCAGUUGCCAAAUCUGCAGGUUCUGAGGCUUGGAAGUAAUCAACUGUUUGGGUCUAUACCAGCGGGCCUCUUGCAGGGGUCUGUUCCACUGGUGGAUUUGGAUCUCAGUGUCAAUGGAUUUUCAGGCCCCAUUCCAGAAAUCAACUCAACUACUUUGGUCAGCCUCAACAUGUCAUCAAAUUCCAUAUCGGGCUUAUUGCCAUCGUCAUUGGGAAAUUGUCUUGUUGUUGAUCUUAGCAGAAAUCACCUACAAGAUGACCUGUCUGUCCUGGUGAAAUGGAAUAGGAAUUUAGAAAUUAUUGAUUUGGGUUCCAAUGACCUGAAAGGAAUGAUUCCAAAUAUGACGCAGUUUCAAAGAUUGACAUUUCUCAGCAUUAGAAAUAAUUCCUUGGAGGGUGCAUUACCCCCGACUCUGGGGUCUUACCCAAAGCUUUCUACAGUUGAUCUGAGUGGCAACAGACUCGAUGGUGCAAUCCCAUUUAGCUUCUUUACUUCAGUGGCCAUAACAAAUUUGAACUUGUCGAGGAAUAAGUUGACUGGAGCAAUUCCUCUUGAACGCGCCCAUACUAGCGAGUUGUUGGUUCUUCCUACUGUUCCACCAAUGGAAACUUUAGACCUUUCAAAUAAUGUCUUGACAGGUGAGUUACCUUCUGAUAUAGGUAACUGGGGUAGGCUCAAGGUUUUGAAUGUUUCAAGAAAUAAUUUGUCAGGGCCGCUACCAAAUGAAUUAGGCAAACUUACUGCUCUGGAGGUCCUUGAUUUGUCACACAACAAGUUCAAUGGUCAUAUUCCUGAUAGACUGCCGUCAAAUCUGAAGGUGUUGGAUGUCGCUUACAAUGAUUUAUCUGGAAAAGUUCCUGAAAAUAAUAUUCCUCAAUUUUCUUAUAGACCUGGUAACGAUGGACUUCAAUUCCGUCUGUCGCCAUAUGGUAAUCAUGGGAGUGGCAUCAAUGCUGGCGAAAAAGGUCAUUACCAGUCUAGCGUCAAAAUAGCUAUUAUUGUUGCAUCAGUUGUUGCUGCUGUUAUUAUUGUUUUCGUUCUAUUUGCUUAUCACCGUGCACGGCCGCAAGAUUUCCAUGUAAGCAGGGGAUUCUGUGGUCAAACUGCUGGUAAUGAUAUCAAAGCAGGAAGGUUUGGUCGUUAUUUUCAUAGCGGUGCAGAGCCACCUCCAACUUCACUAAGCUUUUCUAAUGAUCAUUUACUGACUCCAAACUCAAGAUCAUUGUCAGGGCAAAUCGAGUCUGGUACAGAAACUGUACAGCAUAUAUCCACUGAGGGAGUUGAAUCUGGUGUCUCGUCCUUAAAUCCUAGUCACCAGGACAAUCAUCCGACAACAUCUGGAAGGAGAUCAUCCCCAGGGUCUCCAAUAGCAUCCUCACCUCAUUUUAUUGACACAAUUGAAACUCCUGUCAGACUCGAUGUGUAUUCACCAGAUCGGCUGGCAGGGGAACUCUUUUUCUUGGAUGCAUCGCUUGCAUUUACUGCUGAGGAGUUAUCUCGAGCUCCAGCAGAAGUACUUGGCAGAAGUAGCCAUGGCACGUUGUACAAGGCCACCCUUGACAAUGGGCAUAUGCUUACUGUUAAAUGGAUGAGAGUUGGCUUGGUCAAAAACAAGAAAGAUUUUUCGAAGGAGAUAAAAAAGCUUGCAUCUUUUAGACAUCCAAAUAUAGUUUUGAUUCGUGCCUAUUAUUGGGGACCAAGAGAGCAGGAAAGGCUCAUUCUAGCGGAUUAUGUAUUGGGUGAUAGCCUGGCUUUGCAUCUUUACGAGACGACUCCUCGGAGAUAUUCCCUGUUAUCAUUCAACCAAAGGUUGAAAGUUGCUGUCGAUGUUGCUCGUUGUCUCGUGUUCCUCCAUGAGAGAGGCCUUCCUCAUGGAAACCUGAAGCCAACAAAUGUAAUCUUGGAGGGUGAUGAAUAUAGAGUCCAGCUUACUGACUAUGGUCUCCACCGCCUGAUGACGCCUUCAGGCAUUGCAGAACAGAUACUGAACCUGGGGGCUCUCGGCUACCGUGCCCCUGAACUUGCUACUGCAGCCAAACCAUUGCCCUCAUUCAAGGCGGAUGUGUACGCAUUUGGUGUGAUCCUUAUGGAACUGUUGACCCGAAGAAGUGCUGGUGACAUUAUAUCCGGCCAAUCUGGUGCGGUCGAUCUUACAGAUUGGGUACGCCUCUGCGACCAAGAAGGGCGUGGAAUGGAUUGCAUUGACAGAGAUAUUGCUGGCGGAGAAGAGCACACCAAAGCAAUGGAUGAUGUGCUGGCUGUAUCAUUAAGGUGCAUUCUCCCGGCCAACGAAAGGCCGAAUAUGAGGCAAGUCCUGGAUGAUCUAUGUGCCAUAUCUGUGUGAAACCUCUUAUCUGUACAUGUUUGUUUGUGUCUUGGAAGUAAUUCUUUCUGUGCAACCGUAUCUUUUUUUUUUUUUUUUUUGGGGUUCUUUCUUCCGUAUUGAUUGGUUCUAUUGCAUCAUAUUCUUCUAAUCGUUCGUAGGUAGCUGCUGCUUUGUUUGUCUUCUGUGUUUGUUUGUUCCCCUUUGAGUUUUUUUGUGUAAAGGGAUGCUGAUGAUCGAUCAAUUGAUGAGAUGACUAGUAGUAGUCGUAGUAGUUAGUUAGGCAUAAACAUCUGCUGCUGAUUCUAUCCUGCUAUGGAUUCUGAUUUGUUUUCCAGCAUUGAAAUCAAAGAAUUCUUGCUAUGAUUCCUUUA